GCUCUGCAUUUAGAGAAGAAAGGGAUUUUUGGGGGGAGAACAGCGAUCUACACAAAAGGAAAAAGAGACAAAAAGAGGAUAGGCGUUUUUCCCAUUUUGCUUUCUUGAGCACCUUUGAAGAAAUUGGUUUAACACGUAGCUUCGAAGCUUGGGAGGAGCUCAGGUAGCGGAUCUUCGUUUCCAGUGCCUGGCAAUUUCAAAUUUUAAAACUGAUAGUGUAAAUAUGCAUUAGUGAUUCAGAAAUUUAAACGAUACGUUGAACUCGUUAAUUUUAAACUCGUUAUUGGCGUAUGUUUUGAACAUCAUUCUAAUGUUUUCAGCAAAUACGUCCUUUGAAUUGGUUUCUGUGAGCUGAGAAGCAUCUGGACACUGUCUAUAUUUUUCAUAUGUGAUGUAAAGCUGCUCGAGACAUCCGUGCACUUCAAAAAGAGCCAAUAACUCAUUCGUAAAAAACACCGUGCUUGGAGAUAUGAUCAUCCUGUUUGUAUCAUGAAGUUUUGAAGGAAAAAAAUCGUGGAGAUGAUCGCCUAGGUCAAUUUCGGUGCGAGAUCUGCAAACAGAAUCAAGUGGAGAGUGGUCUGAAGUUUUUAAAUCACGAUUCCUCUCGUAGUCUUUAUUUUUUUUUUAUUUUGAGAGGUGGAAAGGUAUGAGCAAAGCUGUUUCGGUAGUUCUACGGGGAUUGGCUAAUUGACUCACAUCGUGAAUGUAAGGAGGUGGAAAGCCACAGAGGAAGAAAGACUUCGUCUAUGACUUAAACAGCGCCUUGUGUUCCAUGCUUAGCGCACUGGCGGCUCCGGCUGUCUGACAUCUCAAGCGGUGGCCAAAAACGCCUAACCGUCUUCCCUAGAGUUCUGCACGUGAGAUUUCGGGAAAGGCGACGAGACUUCACUUAUCAUCCGAUUAGCCUCAGCUGAAGCAUCAGCGGGAUAGGAGUUUACACGGAAACGAGUGAGUGGUUUUGCAAGCAGAUCCGAUUCUUAAGAGCUGAAUAAGGAGGAUAACUACAUGGAAAAAGUUUGCCAUUUUUUUCCAGAGAUCUACCUCUACUGAUCGCUAGAUGUACACAAUCCCCGGGUGCUACUUGUGAUCAGACGGGCAUCACUAGAACAGGAUUGGUAGAAAUGCUUGGAGAUCUCUGAGGCUGGCUUCUUCUCUUUGGUUCGAUUUCAUAGUUUUUAUUUCAAAAAGGAGCACAAGUUCAAGAAGGGUGAUUAAAAUCUAUAUAGUUUUGGCAUCGCUUUGAGUGGUUGAACGCCGCUCGGGAUUCGCCAGUAACACCUGAUCGCUUUUGUGCGAAACAAGGGCUGAAAUAGAGGAGCGUAUUUUGUCCCUCCGCUACCAAGAAACAUCAUCGGAGAAAAAUGAGCGUCACUCUAGUGAUCCUGCCUCUGCUUUUACUUGGGGUUUCUUCUGCCAAGCGUGAGGUGAAUGUCCAGCCUGGGCCCCUCUACCGGACUGCAGGAUCCCACACCACCAUCUGGUGUAAUGUGAGUGGUUAUCAGGGUUCUGCUGAGCAAGACUUUCAGUGGUCAAUCUACCUACCCUCUGCUCCUGAGCGGGAGAUCCAGAUCAUUAGCACCAAAGACCCUGAUUAUGCCUACGCCCUGUACUCCCAGCGAGUUCGAAAUAAGGAGAUCUACAUUGAGCGGGUCAGCCGGGACUCUGUGGUACUGCACAUCGCCAAGUUGCAGCUCCAAGAUCAGGGGGAGUUCGAGUGUUACACACCCAACACUGAAGCCCAGUACCUGGGAGUGUACAGCGCCAAGAUGAACCUGACAGUUAUUCCAGAUACCUUAAGUGUGAGCUCCAUUGGCCAGACCAUCUCCAAAGUAGAAGGCGACUCUCUUCACGUGACCUGCGAAGUUACAGAGCAGACGUCCCAACACAGUCACCUCUCCGUUGCCUGGUUCCUGCGGGGUGCUGAGCAGCAGUCGGUUCAGGAGAUCAUUAGUCUGUCACGAGACUUUGUGUUGCGUCCAGGAGGAUCCUACAAGCAGCGAUACGCAUCUGGGGAUGUACGGCUUGACAAAACCAGCAGUACCACCUAUAAGCUGACCAUCUAUAGAAUGCAGCCUGCUGAUCAUGGAGAGAUCUUCUGUGAGGCAGCUGAAUGGAUUCAAGAGCCAGACCGAACUUGGUUUGCAAUGACCAAGAAACAAAGCAACAAGACGGUGGUCACGGUGCAGGCAGCAGAUAAGGAGUUCAGCAUCCAGAUAAACACAGAGCGACGUACGUAUAUCGCUGGAGAACCUCUGGAGCUAAGGUGCAUUAUAGAUGCUCAGAACACACCUGAACGUUAUUUCACAGUGUCCUGGGUGUUCAGCAGCACUCAAGUAGCCAUAAUGGGCCCCAACGCUGUCCCGGUCUUCAGUGGUGAGUACAUUCACCGAGAAAGUGCUGGACAGCUUACUUUCCGCAAAGAGAGUGACUCUGUCUACCUACUGAAGAUCUAUCAGCUACGACAAGAGGACAGUGGAAAAUAUAUUUGCAGAGUCACCGAGCGGGAGAAAACGGUCACUGGAGAUUUUAUUGACAAAAAUAAGAGGUCCAGGAAUGUCCCCAUUACAGUCCAGCCAUUAAAAAGCAACCUAACUGUUUCUGUGACUGUAAAUUCAAGUAAUGUGCAGGAAGGUGAAUCCAUUUAUUUUGUCUGUUCUGUGCAUUCAAGCUUGGAUAAAGGAGGCCGCUUUUCUGUGUCAUGGCAACUGACAGACAGACAGAGCCAAGCAUGGGAUAUAAUGUCUAUUGAUCGGGAUGGCAUUAUUCGCCCAGGCCCUUCUUACCGGGAGAGGAGCAGUUAUGGUGAAAUCCGAACUGAGAAGGUUCAAACAGAGACUUUCACUUUGACAGUCUACAAUGCCCUGCCUAAGGAUCAAGGACUGUAUACAUGCAGUGUGUCAAACUGGGUCCAAGGACCCUCAAAUGAAUGGGAAAAGGUUGGAGAGAAAUCCGCUGGGACACCAGUCACUGUUACUGCAGUUGAAUCUGUGUUCUCUAUGGCCGCUUCAUCCAGAACUCCAACUGUUACCUACAACGAUUCCUUUGACCUUCAGUGUAUCAUUAAACCUCGAUACAAUUCUCAGGUUCCUGUGUCUGUGACCUGGCGUUUCCAGCCAGUGAAUGCCACUGAAUUCCACGACCUGGUGACCUUUACCCGUCAUGGCACCCUGCACUGGGGUGACCGCUACCCAAGCUUUAGCUCCCGGACCACCAUUGACAAGUCAGUUUCCAGCAGCAACUUCCGGCUCAGUAUCAGCAAGGCCAGUGAGCAAGAAGCUGGUACUUACCAGUGCUCCGCUGAGCUCUGGCGGAAGAACUACGACAACACUUGGACCAAGAUCACCAACAGGAGCUCAAAUCUGCUUGGCAUCAAAGUGCUCCAGCCUGCCAGUAAACUUCGAGUCAACAAAACAGCCAGAAGCCUUGUGUUUGUGGAGGACAGUCGUGUGCCCCUCAACUGCACAAUAAUAUCACAGACAUCUCCAGAUUCCCAGUAUACUGUUCUGUGGUACUCAAAGAAAACUGGCGAGACAGAGGCCGAGCUCCUCCUCAAACUCAACCACAACUCAGCAUUUGAGUACGGCACAUACGCAGAAGAGGAGCGACUGAAGAGCCGCGUGCAGUCAGAGCGUCUCUCCCCUCAGCUCUACAGUCUCACUCUUCACCAGGCGGAGCUGAGCGACAGUGGAACGUACUAUUGCCAAGUGGAGGAAUGGCUUCUGGAUCCUAACAAUGUUUGGUACAAACUUGCUGAGGAAUCCUCAGGCAUCACAAAUGUCACCAUUAAACAACCAGAAAUCAAGCUAAACGUAGAAGAGUCUGUAUCCAAUAUAACACUUCAGGAACAAGAAGCCUUCAGUCUGGGGUGCAGUAUUACUUCUCAGUCGAGUAAAGAUUCACGUUUCUCUGUUUCCUGGUACGUGUACAAAAACAAAGGCGAUGGCAGUGAGGAACCAGAUGCCCAGUGUGUCUUCUCUAUUGGUCACGACUCUGUCUUUGGAAAUGGAAACUGCAGCCCUUCAGAGGGACUGGGGCUAAGAUCUCGACUUCAGUUUGAAAGGGCCACAUCAGAGUCGUAUAGCUUGACAAUACAGAAGGCUGGUGUGGAAGAUAUGGGAAAUUAUUACUGUCAUGUUGAAGAAUGGCUGAUGAAUCCCAGGAAUGUCUGGUACCGCCUCGCAGAGUCCAACUCUGAAAUAACUGUUGUCUCUGUCCUCGAGCAAGGUUCAACUCUGCAGUCAGUCAUCUGUUCAAAUGACUCACUGUUCUACUUUGUAUUUUUCUACCCUUUUCCCAUCUUUGGCAUCCUGCUAAUCACCAUUCUUCUAGUGCGUUACAAGGCCCGUAAUUCAAGCAAGAGCUCAGAGGGCAAAAAUGGAGCUCCACUGCUGUGGAUUAAAGAGCCACACAUAAAUUAUUCUCCAACCUGUCUGGAACCUCCCAGCCUCAACCUCCAUCCCGGCUCAGUGGAGUAGCAAUAAGAUCUCGGCCAGACUUGUUUCUUUUGUCUUGUUUUGUUUUUUUUUUUCCAAGAAGAGCUACCCAACUUUCAUAAAAUUGCUAAUGAGCUGAAGUCAUGUCUCAGUUUAACAAACUACAGAAUAUUGCUUAUUGUAUCACUGAGCUCCCAUCGAUUUUUGUGGAUUUGUUACCAAAACUUUAAUGAUUGUAGAAGUUAGCGUCACUAUGGCUGUAUCUUGUGGUAUCUGUAAUCCCUUCAGGGACAUGGCACAAGGGAACUGACAUGCACGCUAAUAAAUGUCUAAAGACCCAGCCUCCCACAUUUCUGAUAAAAAAACAAAACAGACAAUAUCUGGAAUCAAUUAUAUUUGCCUCUUGGUAAUGCUUCUCAUUUAGUGCAUUUUCAGAAGAUCAGAUCUGCCAUCAAGGGGUUCAGUAACCUUGGGUUCUCCUUAUUAUUCGUAUCAAAUGUACAGUUUUAUCUACAAAUUCUUGCGCAUUGUUGUAAUAAUAAGAUGUUGAACAGAAUCUUCACAUUGAAUGUCAACCACCGGAACACAUAGCUUUUAUCUUCUUGGAAACAACUCUAUGAAUGAAAGGACGGUCACUGAAAUCAAAAAGUCCUGCAUCAAGAGUAAAGUGACAGUUUGGAUUUUGGAAACAUCAAGACUGGGCAGCCAUUUGGAAUGUACAUUGCCAAAAUGGUACAUCACUUGACCAACAAAAUGUGCCGGGAUUCUAACAAUGAAGAACCUGCUUAUUACUAUGGGCCUUAGAAAGUGUGUGCUGCUGGAUCAGCUUUUGCCUAAGAAGGCAGUCUUGGUGGAAAUUCAUACAUUAUGACUGAAAGAAAAAAGAAAAGAGCACCCAAAAUUGUUUAUGUGCGGUAAAAGUCAAGAAUGGCUUACUUAUAAGCUUGUACCAGACAUGCAAAAACAUACGCCUCAUGGCGCAGUGACUUGGAGAAGACUCAAGAAACUGGCACAGCAGGAGUCUGGUUUAACUCGUUUCGUAUCCAGUGAGGUGAUUCUGCCAGUGCUGGAUGUUCAUUUUUGUUUUUUAUUAAUAUUACUAUAAUUUUGAAUCUGUAUCAUUCUGAUUUUUUUGGUUUAAUAUCUUGUCAGCUAGUACUGUAAAACUAAAGUCCAUCUGGAUGUAGAAGGGGAUGGUGUGUCUUUUUGUGCCAAAUGCUUAAAGGCCAGAAAUCAGGACAGAUGUUUGGGUAGAUCCUAGAAUGUAUCAUGUUGGAUGGUCCUGGAAGUGAAUUGUGUGAAGAAGCGUUGAGUGUGAGCAGUAUAAAUACAGUGUUACAAGUAUCUUUAAAUUUAAAUGACGAGGAGUACGCACCUUUCAUUAUCUUCAGCUAUGCUGGCUGCAGAAAGGAAUAAAAGGAAAAGGUUUACCUUUGAUUGAAGCAGUUCCACAGUGGACUGGCUGGUGGCCAUCUCUCCACCAGGAAUAAAUAUAAGAGAACAUGUACAGAUUUUUAAAAGUACUGAAACAUUUGUACGUUGCUCAUUAGAAAGGCAAUUGCUCAAAAUUCGCUAAACAGCAUACACAGAAGAUGUUUUUCUAUAUCUUUUUUGUGGAUAGAUUACAGCUAUGGUUGGAUGUCAAAACAAAAAAAAAAAAGCAAGAAUAAACCACCGACUAUUCAGGUUGCUGAGCUUGUUUCGGAGAAAAGAAGGAAAUGCUCCACUGGGAGACUGAUGCAAUCCUGAAUAAAGAUGUUAUGUCAGACUGUCACAGAAAAUAAGAGGCUCACUUGCCUUCUGAACUGCCCUGUUGGUUCGCAGUCCUGAGAGACGGGUUUUGUCAUUAACACUUUUCACAGUGUAAGUAUAUCAAAAUGCAGGGUCAUCUUUGGAAAUCAAGAGGUGGGGAAAAAAAGCACUUAACUGCGUAGAAGACAAGACCAUGUUGGAGCACAUAAUCACUCUGUGAACGUUUGCCCACUCUUUGGAGUUUUUGACUGUGGAGGCUUCACAUGCAGUUCUGUGGAUAAAAGAGCCCAUGGCUGUUUCAUUUGCAUUAAGUUUUCUGUGAGGACAUCAGGGGUCAGUCUAGCGUCAGAUUAGAAGCAGCAUUUCACAUGCAGCGGCUCAGUGUUCUUUCCAUCAGUGUGUCUCAUAUGGAUGAGGGUUACAGUGUUUUUUCCUCUUUUUUAAUUCCUGUCUGGAGACAUUUUGCUGUGUUGUACAACCCCCAACACUGAAGUUCACUGCUUUGUCAUGGCUUAAUAUACAGUUUGGAAAGCGUAAAAACUAUGAAAAAUGCUGGUGUGGUUAAUAGAACUGCGUCUUUGUGACACCCAGCUGAGACACUUGUAACCAUUUUUCUGUCACCAUAACAGUUUCCAUUAUGUUCAGUGGAUUGGCUUUAGUCUGAAAUUUCCAUUCUCAAGACAUCCAGUUUAUCGUUCAACCGUGGUGGUCUUAUGACCAAUGUGACAAGAGGUGGCUUAAAAGCCCUGCAGCUGAUUUUCAUCUGCCUAUUCUUUCUAUCUGGUGUGUCAAAACUGUAUAUGCAUGAGAAAAGGACAUUUUGAUGUUUUGUAUUUUUACAUUGAAUUUAACUAAAUGCACUAAACUGUGUUUUUAUUUUUAUUUUUUUGUUUUUGUUUUGUUUCUGUAACUGGCUUUCCGUGUAAUUGUUUAUAAACGGUUUGUGAUAAUACAGUAUGUGUUAUUAAGUUGAGCCAGUGAAACUUUUUUUUUUUUGUUCUCUUUAACUUUCUUCUGCUUUUAAGGAUUUCCAUUUUUACAUUGUACAAUAUAGUGCACUAAAUUAAAAAGAAAA